AUGAAUAACCAAAGACCAUUCACCAUGUUCCCACCAAACGCCAUGCCUACACAAAGCCAACCAAAAAUUGAACAAAGACCAGCAAGACCCAAUCCUGAAAGACCUCAGUUUACUCCAAUUCCUAUAUCAUAUAGAGAAUUAUACCCGAAGCUGUUGGAAAAACAAUUAAUAUCCCCACAUUACAUGGCACCCCUGAAACCCCCAUACCAGAAGUGGUAUGAUCCUAACGCUAGUUGUGUGUAUCACGCUGGGAAUCAGGGACACUCUACAGAAAAUUGUUUGGCCUUUAAAAAGAGGGUUCAAGGUCUCAUUGACGCUGGCAUUUUGCGAUUCGAUGGUGUUAGCAAUGUGACGGGAAAUCCUCUUCCUAACCAUACUGGCGGGAAUAAGGUGUGGGAGAUGAUGAUUGAAAAUGGCUUGCUCUGCCCGCCUAGUAGGAUUCUCAAAGAAGAAGGUAAAAAAGACCAGAGUUUCUGUGAUUUUCAUGGCAUCGAAGGGCAUGACGUCCAAUCUUGCAAGGAAUUUAGAAAAUUACUUCAGGACAUGAUGGAUAACAAGGAGGUCAAAGUCUUUGAUAAGGUGGAAGGGGCCGAGGAAGGAGAAAUAUGUGUCUCUAAUAAUCAAUCGAUGGCUUCCCCUUAUAGUGUCGAUAGACCUUUGGUGAUUUAUUACGAGGCAAAGAAGGAAGAAGUUAGUCGGGAAGUUAAACCAAGUUUGAUAAUCGAAGUACCUGCUCCUUUCUCUUACAAGGACAAUAAGGCAGUGCCGUGGAAGUAUGAUGUUAAUAUCGUUGUGCCUGAAGGUGAAAAGUCAAAAGUUAUGAAUGAAGAUGUCAGUGGAGUAGGACAUUUCACUCGCAGCGGAAUAUGUUAUUCUCCCGAGACGGUUGAACCAAAGAAGAAGGUUGCUGGCCCGAGCCAAAAAAGAAAAGCACCAAUGUGUGAGGUUGAGGAUAAUGUUGAAACACAACUUGAGCAAGAAGUUAAAAAGGCUGUGAAUGAGGAGGAAGCACAUGAGUUCUUAAAUUUUAUUAAGCACAGUGAAUAUAGUGUUGUGGAACAAUUAAACAAGCAGCCGGCCCGAAUCUCAGUACUAUCUCUAUUGUUGAAUUCGGAGCCACAUCGAAAUGCCUUGCUAAAAGUGUUAAAUCAAGCUUAUUUGGCGAACAAUGUAUCUGUGGAAAAGCUUGAUAGGUGGGCAAAUAAUCUAAAUACAGAUAAUUUCAUCUCUUUUAGUGAUGACGAAAUAUCACCAAAUGGUAGGGGCUCCGUAAAAGCAUUGCGCAUCACAACCAAUUGCAAAGGUUACAUAUUACCAAAUGUGCUCAUCGACAAUGGAUCUGCACUCAAUGUUAUGCCUUUGGCCACGCUUUCUAGGAUGCCGGUUGAUAUGUCUUAUCUGAGGCCUUGUCAUUCUAUAGUAAGGGCAUUUGAUGGGACACGGCGAGGGGUCAUAGGAAAGAUCGAAAUUCCUUUAAAAGUGGGGCCAUGUGCAUAUGAUAUCGAGUUCCAGGUCAUGGACAUCACGCUUUCAUACAAUUGCUUCUUAGGAAGACCUUGGAUCUAUUCUGCUGGGGUAGUUCCUUCAUCUCUCCAUCAAAAAGUAAAGUUCAUCAUGGAUAGCCGCUUGAUUACUGUUGGUGGUGAGGAAGACAUCGUCGCAUCUAUCUCUACUGAUACACCCUACAUCGAAAUAAGCCAGGAUGCCGUAGAAUGUUCUUUCCGCUCAUUGGAAUUUAUCAAUGCUGCAUUUGUUGCUGAAGGGAAUAAGAUCCCAAUUCCCAAACUGUCGAGGAAAACCAAGAUGGAAAUUAAGCUGACUGUGGGAAAAGGAGCUCGAGCGAGGAAAGGCUUGGGAAAAUAUCAACAAUGGAUGGUUAGAGCUUUGAAACCAACGCACCACAAGGGUCGAUACGGAACAUUUACAUCAGCAGGAGUGAUGUACCCAGGGCAGAACAAUUCGCAAGUCACAUUAUUGAUUGAAAAGGGUCUUCAGAAUAUCAGCCUAAAUGCUAUUGACAAUGAAAAUGAUGAAAUUAAGAAUGCUUCAAUGAUACGCCCUUGUCCUCCAGGAUAUGUUUUGAACAACUGGACUGCUGUGGACCUCAUUGUAGUUUCUAAGUCCUCUUCAGAGUGCUCAGAUAUCAAUGGCAUGAAUAAUCCCGUUGUGAAUCCUGAAAUCAAUUUUGAGAAGGCUGUUUGUUUAGGAGAAUUCGAAGCUGACGAAAGUGCUGAAGAUUGUGCCCCGCCUCCUGACUUACUAAGAAUGGUUGAACAAGAAGAGAAACAGAUUCUACCCCAUCAAGAAUUUGUUGAGACAGUGAAUUUGGGAAGUGAAGAAAAGAAACAAGAUGUGAAGAUUGGGACUUCCAUUUCAGAGAACACCAAACAGAAUUUGAUCGCUUUGCUCCAUGAGUACAAGGAUGUGUUUGCCUGGUCUUAA